AUGGCUGAAUCACACAGACUCUACGUCAAGGGAAAGCACAUCUCCUACCAAAGAUCCAAGCACGUCACCAACCCAAACACCUCGCUCAUCAAGAUUGAGGGAGUUGCCAACGCUGACGAGGCCAAGUUCUACCUCGGUAAGAGAAUCGCUUACGUUUACAGAGCCACCAAAGAGGUUAGAGGUUCCAAGAUCAGAUGUAUCUGGGGAAAGGUUACCAGAACUCACGGAAACAACGGACUGGUGAGAGCACAAUUCAAGAACAACUUGCCAGCAAAGACUUUCGGUGCUUCUGUCAGAAUCAUGUUGUACCCAUCCAACAUCUAAGCAGCUGAAUGAUAGCGAGCUAUGAAGUAUAAUUAGAAGCAGACACAACGAAGAGUUGAA